CAGGUAACACACACUAUAUAUAGCAAGGCCACGCUUCACUGACGCAGUUGUGGAGUUCCUUAUUUAAAUACAUGUGAUUCACUGUCGAAUUCCUCCAUCGGAUAAAUGAAUUGUGUAUCACCUGAAAUCGUCUUUACUACCGCUUGACAUGCAUGUGCGCACAGUGUCCCAGAAGACCGCGGCUUGAAAAUGAAAAACCAGUGCUAUACAUAAAAGUAGAAUGGGAUUAACCUUGACGGUUGUGUGACACAAUUAGACAUGGAUAAAACGCGGAAACUCAGUACGGUUGUGUUCUAUCAGCCGGAUGAAGAAUCGGUACUCAGCCGGCCGGGGGAGGGUCCGGAGCCAACCCCAGAGGAAGUGACGUCAGCAACUGCAGCCUUCCGAAAAAUCAGCAGUAGUCAGAAAAGACCCUCACUGUCAAUUAUCCGGAAAAAUACCGAGUCGGAAGAUAGUGGAGUCAAGUCCGAGGACGAUGGGAAUUCCGCCACGCAGCCAUGGCGAGCACGCUCCAACAGUCGAUGGAGUCGGUUCUCUCGGAACGUCUCGUUUUCUUCCACCAUCUCGCCGUUAUGGGACUUUCCGUCUUUUGACGAGCUGUUCAAUAGUGGUGGAAAAGCCACACUCGCCUUGCACAGGUCCCCUACCUCAAUCAGUGACCUCAUGCCGAGAUCUCCUACAAGCACGUCGUCACUAGGAGGUGAGUCCACCAGGUUAGAGGAAGAAAGUGAAACAAGUGCAACUUCCGGUCAACCCAACAUGGAAUCCCGCCAGUCUGGCCUGUCCGGCAUCUCGCGCCAGGACAGCAUCAUGAGUCAGUCUUUCAGGUCACUCCUCUUUAAAAGCUGGGAAGGCAGCCACAAUAGCUUCGUUAACUUCCGGUCUAGACUGGGCGGAAGUGUCCGUCAUAAGUAUUGCAUGUGUUGCAGGAUCACGAGCAUGCCAUUUGUGUUCGCCAACGUCGCUAUAGGCAUGUUUAUCACGUGUGUAGCUGUGCUGUGUUUCAUCCACUGCCAAGACGAGUUGAUGAUGACGGUGUACGUCCUCGUCAACGGUUUGUUGUCCGUAUUCUUUUUCCCCACCCUCAUCAUGGCAUGGAACAAGCGCGUGGGUGGGUGUGUAAACGAGUCAAAAAAGGGGGAGGAUGACAAGGAGGAAAGUCCGGCUUUUUUCAUCGUUACUCUCCUGUGUCGGAUCAUUUCUUCAAUCACAGGAACGGUCCUACUGGUGUACCGAUACUACUGGAUGGGUCCAGAGUGGGACAGCACCCUAUGUGAAGUUGAAUUUUUCAUGACUUUCGCCGUCAUUACGAUGGAGUGGACACUUCUUGUACUGUUCCUCAUCUUCCCCAUCAUAAUAUACUUCUGUUUUUAUCGCGUCGCGCCAUACCUCCCAGACGAUUUUGAGGACGAGUUACGUAUCACACCGGAAAUGUUCAACGAAUAAUUAUAUUGAAUGGAUAUGUGAUGUGUCAGUCACCGGGAAUAAAGCAUGUUUAUUGAAAAGAUUGCACGAGGACAUUUAAAGUAAGCACGAUGAAACUCAAAACUGGUCACAUUCACAUGUGGAUAUGAUAACCAGUCAAUACUUGGAGUGCAGCAUUCACACCGGAAGUGUUCUGAACGGAGAUAUUUGUGUUACUUGUGUAAGGAGUUGUACAUGGAAUUUACACAAGGCAUUGCAGUAUCUGUUCCGUGUUUAGUAUAUGAAGCGGGAAUGACGUUACUUUAUUUGCUCAAUGAAUAUUAGUAAUUAUUAUUUUGUAUGCCAGAAAUGUCUUCCAAUACAGAACAUCGGAUUGAACAGGUAAAAAAGUGAAUAUAGUGGAACAAUUCAGUUGUGAAUUAUGACUAUAUAGACGAUUAUGUUAUGUUCAAGAGACGCAACUUAUGAAACAUGUAAAUAUUUUGUUUCUUGUUGAAUUUAUACGUUACGUUCACAAUUUAUGCAUACGUAUGCGAGGGCAGACGAAUGACACUGCAUACAGAUUUGUACCUUGUUAACAUUCAUCACCAUGUAAAGCUACACUAUAUAUAUAUAUUUUAUACAUGAGCUGUCACUGUUAUAAGAUGCAAUGAAUAUAUAAUCAGGUAGAACCGACUAGUGUUGUUUAGCCUGACGUUAUUACAUCAUUUGAAUAAAAUGUUACACAUUCAUC